CUUUCACAAGUAGACAUAUCUUUAUGAAAAAAGAAAAUUCUAAUUAUAUCAGUGAGGUUGAUGUGGACCCACAGAUGGCCAAAGCACCUUUUAAUGUGGGGGGAUUUUUUUGGGCUUAGACUCGUCCAACCUACACCCAGUAAAUUGCUCAAAAAGACUUGAUUGGGGCCGGUCCCAAGCCCGGUUAAAGGAGGAGGGGCUGCAUUAACAAGAGAGAAGCUGUUGUUGGUUCUACUACACGAGUUAUUUGGUUGAUUAUGUAUUUUGCUUUAAUACUUGUUUGUGUUGGUGAUUCCAUUUAUAUAUUUAAGUUGAUUAGUUGAAAUGGAGUUGGUUGAAUUUAUUUUGCAGGAUCAGGUUUGGAUAUAUGGAUUAGGAUGAAGCCUAGUGUCAUAUUCUGCACUGCAGUCGUAAUAGCCAUACUGAUUGUCAUUCUCUUGGCAUUGUUUUCACCAGUACCCCUUGAAAGCUCAUCCAAAAACCACUCAAGGCCUUGGCUGGCCCUGUCCCUCUACAUUCAACAAUCCCAUUCUGCAAGCUCCAAUGUGCAGCAUCCAGCGGUACAACCGGACUCCGCUGGCGCGUUCAUUUUUCAUAGAACACUUACUGAAGGACCUGCAAACACUUCCCGGGUUGUUGGAAGAGCACAAGGGUUUAUAAUUCCUACGGAAGGUUUUGCGCAUUCAGCGUUCAAUGUGAUAUAUCUGUCAUUCGAGAGUCCCCAGUACUCCGGUAGUCUGAGCGUUCAGGCCAACCAUUUGUCAGAUAAGGAGAAAAAACAAGAGCUGGUUGUGGUUGGAGGCACUGGCUCGUUCGCGUUUGCUCGCGGACUUGCCGUGCUAGUGCUGGCACAAACUCAUGACCAACAAUUACAUGAUCAUGCCGCUGGAACUUACCAUGUGAAGCUUGAGCUUAGAUUUCCAAAGGGAGCUCGAACUAUCCCAGGAUGAGAAUGGUCCUCUCUAUUUUUGUUUCUUGCAGUCAUUGCUAAUUAGUUAUAUAAGUUGGUGUGGUUCUUUUGAAUUGUUGGUGGCUAAGAAGUACUGGAUGAGACUGAAUCCAGUCCAUUAUAUACAUAUGACAGUAUAAAUUAAGAUUAUUAAACGUGAUCAAUGGUUUUCCUUGACGGUAAUUCGCUUUGCGACUAAGA